AUGCGGCCUGACACUACCUGCGGCCGGCCCGAGCGGCGCUCGGCGCGGGACUGGGCUCCGAUACCCCGGCACCCCCCACACGCCCCCCUCCAGCUGCGCAGCCUUCAGGUGCGCGAGAUGCGACCUGAGGCCUCAGCCCUGCCCCUUGAAAAUCCUCUUCGGAUUAGGCCAUUGUGUGGCCAAGCCGGGAAUGUAGAGCAUCCUAGCGAGCAGCGAGUGAUGGCAAGUGGGCCACCGUCAAGGUCGCAUGCAGCCCUCGCCCUACACAUUCCCUUCGCAUUUUAUAAUAUUCAACAAUGUCCGCGACUCGGCCCGCUUCCUAAUACAUUAAUAUUCAUUAUAACUAUACAUCUCCAUUCACCUGGUUCCACAUCAUACAUAUAUCUCAACUUAUAA